AUGAAGCACUGCAUGCUAUUGUCGCUGUUGUUGGCGCUGGGGUGCGUCCACGGUGCCCCGGUGGCACCGGAUGCCAUGGAGCAGGGGUCGUGUGAAGACGCCUCGGCGAUGGGAGCUGCAGGACUUGCUCUCAACAAGAUCAACCAGGACCGGACGGAGGGCUACAUCUUCGCCCUGCACCGCCUGUCCAACGUGCACAUGACAAAGCAUGGUGAGACCGGCAUGGUUUUCUACCUGACUCUGGAUAUUGUGGAGACCAACUGCAGUGUUCUCAGCAAGAAGGACUGGAAGGCCUGUGAGGCUCGUCCCACCAGCAACACACCGGUAUAUGGGCAGUGCAAAGCUACCAUCUACAUCAGUAAGGUGCACAGAGUGGUGCGUCUCUACAAGUACAACUGUGUUGCCAGACCAGUCCCUUCAGCCAGGGUGCAUGAGAUUUGUCCCGACUGUCCCUCUGUUAUGAGCUUCAAUAGCGAUGAGGUCCAGAAGGCUGUGUCUCUCUCGCUGGGGAAGUUCAACAAAGAGGGAGGAUUGUCCAAACGUUUCGCUCUGCUCAAUAUCACCCGCGCUACCGCUGGGAUGGCCAUGUCGAUGUAUUACAAUGUAGAGUACACCAUCCAGGAGACCGUCUGUACCAGCAUUGCACCAGCAGCUGAUCCAUGCCCCUUCUUGGAAUGCGAGUUCACUCACCACGGCUUCUGUAAGGCAUCCCUCUUCUACUCUCCCUCUGAUGAAGCGGAUAUCGACGUAGAUUGUGAGAUCUAUGAGCCCGAGGCUUCUGAGAGAGAGAAGAAACUCCACCUGUUGGCCAACGAGGCCGACCACAAGCACCAUGACACACACGCACACAGCCACGUCCACGACGGCGUACACGCCGCCGACGCAGCGCACACGCACGACCACGCCCACGACCACACCAAGAGCCACGCUCAUCACGACAACACCAAGAAGCACGCUGCCGACAGCGACCACCACCACACACACGACCAUGCUGUGGGCAGCGGCCACAGGCACGCCCACGCCCACUCCCACGAUCACGGACAUGGCCACGAUCACGUGCACACUCAUCACGCCAAGGCGCACAACCACACCAGCGACGUCCCCCACCAGCACCACAACUACAAGCACGCUGCCGGCGUGCACACCCACGAGCACGACCACGAGCUGGCCCUAGAUCACGACCACAUGCACGCUCACCUGCACGACCACGAGCACCACCACCAUCACCACGAUCACAACCACGAGACGGAAUCCCACGACCACCCAGAGGGCACGGUGAGGUUUCUGCCCACCAUGGACCAGCCCAUGACCCUGCCUUCCUUCCCUGACGUCCCCGCCGGUGGCCCCGAGGUGGGAGUCACCCUGCCCCUCAAGCCAGACCCCCAGAUCCCCGGACAGAUGGAGCCCACCAUCGAGCCCUUCCCCGUGGCGGUCUCAGCCAAAUGCAGCCCUGCAGCGGCAGGAGAAACCCUGGUGGAGAAGCUCUUCUCUGAGGACCCCAUGUUCAAGCCAGUCGCAUAAGGUGGCCCAUGACGCUCUAUUGGGAACUGAAUGGAUCCUAAAACACAUAAAAACAGACUGAAGUGAAGACAUGAACAUAUUUACAGUAACACUUUUGCUUCAGACACAUUGAUGGACAAUCUGCUUAGCUGGGUCAUGCUUAGGCCACAAAUGGUUCAACAUAAACACAAACUCUCCUGUCUCUGUUUCCUUCCACCUUCUAAUAAAGGUUGAGUGCAUU